AUGGAGUUCUGGUUGAUCUCAGUGCCUCUGGACAAGGCCAGCUCCCAGUCUCUUGAGAAGCUCAAACGUGCAGCUUCCAAAUCGAGUCUGGCAACAAGCUUCAGAUUCCCAAUACCAGAGCUGAAGGUGGGCACACUAGAUACACUGUUGGCUGUGUCAGAUGAGCUCUCAAGACUGGAUGUGUUCACUGAAAGUGUGAUGCGGAGGACCUCUCAGUGUAUGGCAGAAGUCAUGGAGCAGUCUAGUGAUAAACUCCUAGAAAAUGCCUUGGCAAAUGGAGAACUCAAGGCUCGUCACGCUGCUCAACAGUCUCCUUUGAGAACUUACUUCCACACUUUACGGGUGGACCUGGCUACUUAUGUGACACGUUUUCAGUGGGAUAGAGCCAAAUACUCCACUGCCCAGCCCCUCAAAACCCUGACUGAUAUUAUUUCAAAGCAAGUGUCUCAGGUGGACUCAGAGCUGAAGUCUCGCAGUGCUGCAUACGCUCAUGUGAAAGCUAGUCUGCAGAGCCUGGAGAGAAAGACAGAGGCGAACCUCCAGACACGCACACUGACGGACAUUGUGAGGAAAGAGGAUCUGGUCCUUAACUCUGAGUAUCUCACCACUUUACUGGUCGUUGUUCCAAGGGCAAGCUAUAAGCAAUGGGAAACAAGCUAUGAAUCCAUGUGUGAAUUUGUGGUUCCUCGCUCCAGUAGGAAGUUGUUGGAAGAGGCAGAUGGAGGGAUUUUCACAGUUACACUGUUCAAAAAAGCUGUCAGUGAAUUCAAAACCAAAGCCAAAGCAAACAAAUUCACAGUGCGAGAGUUCAGUUUGGAUGAGGCAGAGCAACAGCGUCAGGAAAUGACUCGUCUUAGUGUGGACAAGAAGGAGCAGUAUGGUACAUUUGUGCGAUGGCUGAAAGUGAAUUUCAGUGAAGUAUUUGUGGCCUGGAUACACAUCAAAGCUCUCAGAGUAUAUGUAGAAUCUGUUCUCAGGUAUGGUUUGCCAGUCAGUUUCCAGGCGGUUUUGCUCCAGCCGGACAAGAAGAGGAUAAAGAGACUGAGAGAGCAGCUCAACUCUCUCUUCACACAUCUAGACCCUGCGGCUGCUGCCAGCAAACCAGAUGUGGGACUGGACAUUCCAGGUGUGAGCACUGGACAGCAAGAAUACUACUCUUACAUCUGUUACCCAGUCAGCAUAAAUCUGCUCGACCCCAGCUAG